UUCAAUAGUGUUUACAUUUAUAAACAUGAUGAUAAACAUUUUUCAACUCCAAAAGCAAAAGUUAUGUGUAAAAGAAGAGUAUCGUCUUUUUAAAAAUUGUUUCUUUAUUCACAUUUGUAAUUAGUAAUCAAUUGUAAGAAAUUAUUAUUGAAAGACCUCAUGGCAGAUAAUGAAAUUGCCAAAUCAAAUGGUUGGCUUUGGGGAUGGUUCAAUGGAUUUAGUUGGUCUGGUUCUUCUGCAACCAUGUUGAGAACAGUUGAGAAGAAAAUUUUAUCUUGUCUGAAAACAGCAUAUCGUGGUUGGUACGUCGAUAUUGGUCCAGUUGUGGGACCGGCAGAUAAAAUAUGGACGAUUUCACUAAAUGAAGAGUCACCGAAAACCCCAAUAGUAUUAUUACACGGUUUAGGAGCAGGAGUUGCACUUUGGUGUCUCAAUCUCGACACUUUUGCCACUCACAGGCCCGUUUAUGCCAUUGAUGUAUUAGGAUUCGGUAGAAGUAGUCGACCAGUUUUUAGCAAUCAAGCCCAUGAAGUGGAGGAACAGUUGAUUCGUUCGGUAGAAGAAUGGAGACGAGAAAUGCAAUUGGAUGAAUUUGUACUACUAGGACAUUCAAUGGGAGGCUUCCUCGCAGCUUCCUAUGCUCUUCAGUAUCCUCAAAGAGUGAAGCAUCUGAUUCUUGCCGAUCCUUGGGGAUUUCCAGAAAAGCCCGAAGAUUUAGGAAAUAGGGCACACGUGCCACUGUGGAUUAAAGCAAUAGCUUAUGUUGUGCAGCCUCUGAAUCCUCUUUGGGCCGUGCGAGUAGCUGGUCCUUUUGGUCAGUGGCUUAUCGAAACAACUAGACCGGAUAUAGUUAAAAAAUUCGCACCACUUUUGAAGGAGGAUAUAAGUGUCAUUUCGCAGUAUAUUCAUCAAUGCAAUGCACAAAGUCCCACUGGAGAAAGUGCUUUUCAUGCAAUGAUGCAUGGAUUCGGUUGGGCGAAAAAUCCAAUUAUUAAACGUAUGGAUAAAUUAGACGCUGAAAUUCCAAUGACACUUAUUUAUGGCAGCAGAUCUUGGGUUGACAAUUCCUCAGGAGAAACAAUUAAGCAAAGUCGAGAACAGUCUUAUGUCAAUGUUCAGGUCAUAUCUGGAGCAGGGCAUCACGUUUAUGCCGACAAGAGUGAGAUAUUCAAUAAACAUGUAUUAGAAGCAUGUGAUCUUAGUGAUAGCAUUCCAAAUUCGAUUUCACCUUCGAACAUCAAAAUAGAGUUAAAAAAUGAUAAUGAUCAACAAUCUAGCAAAUUAAAAAUUCAAAAUGUCAAUAGGAUAGACAGCAAAGAAUCAGAUGCAUAUCAACCAAGGACUAAUAGUUGAAAAUUAACUAUACAUUAUUUAUUUGUACGUAAUAUUCUCCAAUCUGCUUCUCUAUAGAACCGUUUUAAGUUCAUCAAUUUUAUUUACCCCAAAUCAUCACUUGCUAUUGCCUAAAGUUACACUAAAGUUUUUUACACUCAAGUUUUAAGAUAAUGAGUCAUUUUUGAGUCGACUCGUUUUUAUAAUUAAAGAAAGGACAAAUUUCGAUCAACGUUAAAUACAAUUAAUAUUUCAAUUUCUAUUUUUAUCUUAACGAAGCUGUAUAAAGGCUUAUACAGUUUUGUGAACUGUGUUCAAGUCUUUUUUCAAAUAGCAAUUUAUAAAAUGGGGUAAAUACUAAUUAAGAUUAAAAGACACGUGCAAUUAGUUGCAUUAUUUUUCUAUUCACACACUGACAAAUAUAUUCUAUUGAAUCAAGAAUUAAAUUGGCCAAAGUUUUUGAUUUAAUAGAAUAUUUUUAUCAAUGUAGAGUACCUAGAGUGCCUAUAAAGGAAAGCGAUAGGUUUUCCUACUUAUAUUGAGAAACUUAUAGAACACUUUGAUCUAAUUUAAUUAAAAAUUAGUAUUUGUAAAAGAAAGCAAACUAUUACUUACGAGUAAUUGUAAUCUUUCUUUCUGUGUAGCUAUAAUUAAACUGUCCCACAAUAGAAAAACUGCGGUAAUUUGCUAUUUUUUUUAUGUUUACAAAAAAGAAACUGCGACCAAAGGAACAAUGUCACUUACCCCAGUUUUUAAAUUUUAGGGCAUCAAAAUUUCACGUGAUGAUAAUAAUUAAUAUGAACACAUAGAACACUUAAUUAUUGCUUUGAAUACCGAAACAACAAUUUAAAAAAAAACUUAUUUAUUAGAUGGCGUCUACUUUUUAGUAUAUAUUUUAAUAAAGAUUAAUAUAUUUAAUUUAUACAGACAUAAUUUUCCUUUUAAAAAGCAAUGAAAAAUUUCUAAUUUAAUUUAUAUAAACAUAACUUUUCUUUUAAAAAGCAGUGAAAAAUUUAUUAUUAAGUAAAAUUCAUAUGUUGGUAAAUAUCAUAUCUUUGUAAAUUUAAAUUUUGUUAAUUACUCUGUUGCAUUAUUUGAAGUGAAUAUAAGUUUGCAUACAUUGGAUGUAAAUAAAAUGUUUUGUUUGUUAAUAA